CUAACAUAGCUGUUCGCUAUCAUUGCUUCUGCGAUGGGCAGGUCUGAGGUCUGAGGUCUCUGACACUGACAGUCUGUCAGUGUCUGUGGCUGUGCUCCCAUUUCUUUCCUUUUACUGGGGGCUGGGCCGUGCAUAGAUGAUCCGGAUAAUGAGAUUGUCGUAAUAAAUGAGAUGUAUAAAAUGAGAGGCAGAGAACGAUCAUCGAUCACUUACCAAUAUCAGUCUGCAAGUACCGAUAUCCUACUCGAUAUUCUAGUGUGCACUUUCGAUUCUUACGGCAAAAGGUCACUUGGAAGGGCGCGAUAGAGGCCAGUUGUUCGGGCUCAGAGGAAAUGGCUUGUGGCCGGUGUUGCCUUGUGCUGCUCUCGACGAUUGCUGUGCUGUUGGCCAUAGCACUAUAUCCUCUGUCGCAAUGGGAUGAGAACAUUUCCAUAGAAACUCGGAUAAAUGGCAGAAUCCUGGACAUGUUCAUCAUACCACGGCCUUCAGUCAACUUUUUGAGUGUACUGGCAUUCCUGAGAGGAACAAGCCGACCGGAAGCCAGUCGCCAUCUCAUGUCACUACUGGACCCCAAAGUUGACACAAGCUAUGUUAGCAGUGAGGACCACACAGUGGCUGGUGUUCCUGUGCGCUUGUAUCGACCAGCGACUGUUGACGCGGACGCAGUGCUACCAGUACUGGUGUACUUCCACGGCGGUGGCUUUAUCGUUGGAACCUUAGAUGGUUUUGGGGACGUGUUAGCGAAUUGGUGCCGCGAAUCUGACAUUGCCGUGAUUUCCGUUGACUACCGCUUGGCUCCCGAACAUGUCUUCCCUGCGGCGUUUGAUGACUGCUUUGCUGUGACUAAGGCAGUUCUUGGUGACCAGGCGGUAGCUGCGGCACUACGAGUCAACUCUUCGUUGGUCAGUGUUGGCGGUGACAGUGCUGGUGGAUCACUGGCAGCGGCUGUUACUCUGCACAUCAGUAGGAUCACAAGUCUACCUCGUGUGCGUGCUCAGAUCUCAAUAGUCCCAACUUUGAAAGGUGCACUUGAUGAUCCGGAAACCGCACUAGCAUUUUGGGCCCCCGGUGGCCUGACAUCCGAGAUGAUGUUCUUAUUUUGGGCGUGGUAUCUGGGCGGAAUGGAACACUAUGAACUCCUCUAUUCGCAAAUGACCGAGCGCUCGCCACAACUUCUUCCCGUGGAAGUUUGGAAGAACGCCAGCCUUCGACUGGAAGGUGUGGACGUUGAACUGGUCACUCCCGAUACAGACAAGUACCCGUAUGCAGAGCGAUUUUUGAACGAGUCUAUGAGUGCUCUGCUUUCCAAGGACUUGAGUACGGUACCACCAACAAUCGUCUUGCUGGCAGGCAUUGAUCCAUUGUAUAAUGAUGGUCUGCUGUAUGAGCGACGCCUGAAGUCGGCCGGUGUGGAAGUUGAGCUUGUGGAGUAUAAGAACCAAAUGCAUGGCUUCCAUGCAGUUUUGCCCGCGAAUAUCACCGUUCUGGGUACUACAUUUCUUGUUGGCAAUGCUGAUGCUCUAGAUGUCAUGAAGCAAAGCGUGAGAUUUGUCCUUGAUCACCUUUAGAUCACCCUGGGCCAGUCGUCUCCACACGCACACAAACAUGUACAAGUACAACAGUGUGGCAAUGGCUAUUGCAAGUUUGUUCCUCCACUGCGCGUGUGUGUAUGUGUAUGUGUGCGUUCGUGCAUGUGUGCGUUCAAUUUUAUUUGCUGUUUUAGCCAUCGCCCAAGUGGGUCCUUUUUUUGCUUUUUUUAUUUAGGGUUUGAAUAUGAAUUUUAACAGAUUCAAUUACUGGCAUAAGAAGAUUAUGUCCAUGACUUAGGCCUUGGCGGAUAAGGCUCGAAAAGGUGGUAGAUUCUGCUCGAAAAGCAGUGAAAUUGGCAGAACCAUAAAAACC